AUGUGCGGAGCGUAUAGAAGCGAUGCAAUAAAAAUUAAAAAAUGUCACUCUUGUCAGCACAAAAGCCAACAAACAGUUUCGUGCGGCAUCUGCACGAUGUUCCCGUCGUGCAUAUCCCUGCUGCCGCGGAGGAACGAGCCUCGUCCCCCGCGCCCGGGCCAGGCGCCCGUCGUGCUCAACGUGUACGACAUGUACUGGACUAACUGGUACACGGCUGGGGCCGGCGUGGGCGUGUUCCACAGCGGCGUGCAGGUGCACGGCUCGGAGUGGGCAUACGGCGGACACCCGUACGCCUUCACUGGGGUCUUCGAGAUCACACCGCGCGAUGAACGUGAACUCGGCGAACAGUUUCGCUUCAGACAAAGUGUACACAUAGGAUAUACAGACUUCAGCGAGGAAGAAGUGAGACGAUUGGUGACAGAGCUCGGCAAACAGUUUCGCGGCGACAGAUACCACCUUAUGAACAACAAUUGUAAUCAUUUCACAUCGGCGUUUUGUUUGGCGCUCUGCGACCACGACAUUCCCUCGUGGGUGAACCGGCUCGCAUACGUCAGCUCCUGUGUGCCAUUCCUACAAAGAUGUCUGCCAAAAGAAUGGCUGACUCCGGCCGCACUGCAACACUCGCUGGCGGCGCACUCUCGUUCGUCCUCACCCAACACGCCGCAAUAG